UCUCUCUCUUUUUUUCAGAUAAAAUCAAGAAAAAAUCCAAUGUGAAGAGAAUAGCCCAGCGGAGUGGUUGGGAUUUUGUGACAAUGAAAUGAACUAGUUGCAACAACAAAAAAAUCACGAGGAUUCGACGCAGUGCAAUUAUUAUUUGUUGAUUCCGCGGACACGUCAACAGUGAUUUCGUUUCCAGCAUGGAUUCAGAAAAGCUGGAGAAAAUGCGAAUUUCGCACAGCGGACUUGUGGCUCGUUCCCCGGAAGGACAUGCUGCCAAGGGCAUGCAAAUCAAAGGAAACGAAGACCUUUGGGUAGAAAUCCAGGCCCACACUUUCCGGAACUGGGUCAAUGAACAAAUCAAACCCACUGGUCUGGUGGUUCAGGAUUUGGAAACGGAUUUUUGCGAUGGAUUGAAGCUGAUUGCGUUGUUGGAGGUGCUGCAAAAGAAAAGUAUCCGGAAAAUUGCGAAUCCCAUCAACCAACACCAGUUUUUGGAAAAUGUGCAAUUUGCUCUGAACUCGAUCGAAAACGAUGGCAUCAAACUUGUCAACAUCGGCAAUGAGGACAUAGUGAACGGGAACCUGAAGCUGAUCCUGGGGCUGAUCUGGUCUCUCAUCUUGAGGUACCAAAUCGGCCGUUCAAAGUUCCCACCCAAGAAACUCAUGCUGGCCUGGUUACAGGCUGUUAUCCCUGAAUGCAGACCAACAAAUUUCACGAGUGACUGGAAUUCCGGCAUCAGUCUCAGUGCACUUUUGGAUUACUGCAAACCCGGGUUAUUCCCGAAUUGGCGAGACCUUGAUCCGAAUGAUGGGAUUCGGAAUUGCAAGAGGGCCAUGGAGCUGGCCCAGCGAGAAUUCGACAUCCCCAUGGUGCUGGAGCCGGAAUACCUUGCGUCACCUUACCUGGACGAGUUGUCGGGCAUGACUUACUUGUCCUACUUCAUGAAGGAGAACUCGCCGGGAUACACGGCGACCCUGGACUGGACCAAGUCCCAGUUGCCACAGUUGCCCAUUGACAACUUCACUACGGAUUGGAACGAUGGUGCAGCAGUUUGCGCCCUGGUGAGAACUUUCGGAGGCCCCAUUCCAGAAUACGACAAGAUUUACAAAAGCGAAGCCUAUUGGGAGUCAAAUUUGAAAAAGGGUUUCGAAGGAGGCGAGAAAAUAAACAUACAGCCUCUGUUGAAACCCAAGGAAAUGGCGGAUCCUCACGUGAACCAUUUGGGACCCAUGGCUUAUGUUGCUAGGUUUCAGUGGUUGACCCCGAGAAAUACCCCUGGGGAACGUAUCAAGGUGACAUCUUCCGUCAGAACCGUGAAAAUUCAUAACCAAGUGCCAUUCAACAUUGAUUUCCUGGACGAUGACGUGGAACCCGCGAAUCUCCGAGCCGAGAUCCAUUGCCCCAACGACAGAGUGAUUCCCAUCAAGCUGGAAAUGACACCCAAUGGUGCCCGCGGGGUAUUCGUACCCGAGGAGAUCGGGAUGCAUCGGGUCGUGGUGACGAACGAGGGGGAACUGGGCUCGGGUUGCCCCUGUGUGGUGCGGGCCACGCCGGAAACGGUCAAGUACACCCUGGGCGGAAUUGAUCCCUGCGCCAUCGGGUCCAUUGUGGAGGUGCUGGUCAGCCCGAAUGGUGUAUACAUGGGCACAUUCCAACCAGACCAGGCUGGAGAAUGGAAAAUCGCAGUGACCUAUGAAGGCGAGCACAUAGAAGGCAGUCCCUUCACUUGCUAUGUGUAUGACCCGAACGCCAUCCGGGUCACUGACCUGGACGGGGCCUGUCCAUGUCUGGACUUUACAUUCACUGUGGACAGUCGGGAUUGUGGCUAUGGGGAAACACUGGUGGACGUGGCCUAUUCGGGCAAGUCUGUUCCACAUCGGGUCAUCCCGAUCGAAGAGGGACUGACCAAGGUCACCUUCCGACCCCCGGCCCGGGGCAAGUGCCGAGUGUACGUGUACUUCAAUGGCAUUGAGCCGAAAGCGUCUCCAUUCACGAUCCGAGUGGGUUCCCACGACCACGACAGCAAAAAGAUCCACGAAAUGGAAAAGCGGUCGCAGAGACGAGCAGCCCGAGCAGCAGCAGCAGCAGCAGCAGCAGCCACCAGCACCAGCAGCAGCGUCGGCAACGUCAACAGCCUCCCCAGGAUGAGCUCCUCCAAGGAACCAAGGUCUAACUUCAACUCGCUGCGGAAGGUGGUGCAUGAGACGCAGUUGGACAUGCGGCGAGGGAGUGACAGCACCCUUGACAGCCAGUCGGCCCCCUUAACCAACCACCGGUCCCCUAAUGGCUCUUUCUCGCCCCUGCCCGGAUCCCCCAGCAGGGAGUCCAAGGUGUCUGAACACCUUGUCUCAGGCUCGGUUUUGAACACCAGUGAUGAGAUGGGGGAUCGUCACUGGUCACAAGGAAGAACCUCUUCAUCUGUGUUGUACCAAGGUUUGGGAAUGAGAAGGAGCAGUGGUGCUUCAGGCUCGGUUUUGAACACCAGUGACGAGAUGGGGGAUCGUCAUUGGUCACAAGGAAGAACGUCUUCAUCUGUGUUGUACCAAGGUUUGGGAAUGAGAAGGAGCAGUGGUGCUUCAGAGGAACGUGAGCGUUCUUCAACACCAGUUGGCAGUUCCAACAAGACGCCGACAUCAAAAUUAUUCGGCACUUCUUGGAGCCCAGCUCCAACAGGGACCAGCAGCCAAGAAUUCCUCAGCACCACAAACAUGACCUCGUCGCUAGGUGUCACUGGCAGACGAGCCAGCAGGGAAAAGUUGGGUACUCCAUUUUCCUACCUGGACCCUUCCAGCUUACUUGGGGAUACAACUAGUGAACAGGAUGCUGCGAGAAGAGGAUCGUCUGACAGAGAGAAGUUGAACCAGUCUUGGGGCAGUUCCAAUGGAUUUGGCCAUGAGUCUUCGACUUUAUUCAACAAGACCAGCAGCCCAGCGGAAAAGCGCUUCGAAAGCAGCAAUACGUACAGAUCAAUGAACUACACGGAAAUGAGUUCUGGAGGCGAGGAAAAAUUGUAUUCGUCCUUGUCCCGGUCGCAGAAUUCCCCCAGCAGAAUUUCAGACGAAACAGUGCAAACCAUCAACGACUUGGUUGACGCAGGUCCUGCUUCCACCUUCAAACUGGUUCCUGUCCACAAGCAAUCAGGGUUCGUCAUCAGUGCCAAUGAUGCGUCGCAGUCGGAUAUCAAGUCUUCGACUUUAUUCAACAAGACCAGCAGCCCAGCGGAAAAACGCUUCGAAAGCAGCAAUACGUACAGAUCAAUGAACUACACGGAAAUGAGUUCUGGAGGCGAGGAAAAAUUGUAUUCGUCCUUGUCCCGGUCGCAGAAUUCCCCCAGCAGAAUUUCAGACGAAACAGUGCAAACCAUCAACGACUUGGUUGACGCAGGUCCUGCUUCCACCUUCAAACUGGUUCCUGUCCACAAGCAAUCAGGGUUCGUCAUCAGUGCCAAUGAUGCGUCGCAGUCGGAUAUCAAGGUAAUUAUAAAAGAUGAAACCCAUGGCUGUCAAUUAUUGCAUCGCAUCACGGACAACUUGGAUGGAACUUUCACAAUCCACUUCACGCCUGCAGAAGCUGCAGAUAUUAAAAUUGACGUUUCAGUGAAAAACAAGAAGGUCAAAGAGUCUUCGACUUUAUUCAACAAGACCAGCAGCCCAGCGGAAAAGCGCUUCGAAAGCAGCAAUACGUACAGAUCAAUGAACUACACGGAAAUGAGUUCUGGAGGCGAGGAAAAAUUGUAUUCGUCCUUGUCCCGGUCGCAGAAUUCCCCCAGCAGAAUUUCAGACGAAACAGUGCAAACCAUCAACGACUUGGUUGACGCAGGUCCUGCUUCCACCUUCAAACUGGUUCCUGUCCACAAGCAAUCAGGGUUCGUCAUCAGUGCCAAUGAUGCGUCGCAGUCGGAUAUCAAGGUAAUUAUAAAAGAUGAAACCCAUGGCUGUCAAUUAUUGCAUCGCAUCACGGACAACUUGGAUGGAACUUUCACAAUCCACUUCACGCCUGCAGAAGCUGCAGAUAUUAAAAUUGACGUUUCAGUGAAAAACAAGAAGGUCAAAGGAUGUCCGAUUCAAAUGUACUCCUACGACGCAUCGCAAAUCCGUGUUGGCGUCAUUCCCGAUGGUUCUGUUGGCAAGCCUGUUGAAUUCUCGAUUGAUGGAGCUUCAGCUGGAGCAGGAAACCUGGAAAUUCUGGUGAAUGGAGGACAUGUGACUUCAAACAUUGAAGACCUUGGGGACCAGCAAUUCAAAGCCUCAUUCAUUCCCCAUCAAGCAAUUCCUCACACUGUGGACAUGAAGUUCAACAAUCAACCAGUACCUGGUGGUCCAUGGCACAUAAAUGUGGAUGAAGGUGGUGGUCUCCAUCGGAAAGGCGUGUCGACACUGACGAGAACCACUGUGGUGUCGAGUGGUAACACUGGCAGUGCCAGACGGGGAAGUCUAAUUCCUGUGACACCCAGAGUCCUUAACGCAGACGACACACAACACGUGUCAGUGGGCCAAGUGGCGAGUUUCGACAUUUUAGCGCCUGGCUGCAACAGUCGGGAACAGUUGACCGUCAGCGUUCUUGGCCCAACGAAGCAGCCGGUGUCGAGUCGGUUGAUUUCUUUGGACCCGACGUCGGAUUCGUCCCCGAACUUCAGAGUCGAGUUCACAGUGGUAGAUGUCGGGUCUUACUACACGAAAAUCGCGGUCAAAUCAGACAGUGGCGACAUCUUCGAGGCCGUUGGUUCGCCUUUCCUUCUGCGCGCUUUUGAUGCAUCCUUGAUCCAGAUGCUGGAUGCACCCAUUGCUGGCAGUGUCGGGAAUAAGUGGUCGCCGUUUUACUGUCAAGUAACUGAGGGUGACAAAGUGAAAAUUGACUUGCAACACUUGGAGGCGAUCCCGACUGAUGAACCAGCUAGUUUCCUCAUCAAGGUUGAUGGAACUGCACCAGCUGAACUCAGUGUUUCUGUCCGUUCUCCUUCACAAACCACUCUUCCUGUCAAGGUUAAUGGAACCACCAGGACUGGGUUCCACGCGGAAUUCUUGCCCAAGGAAGUGGGGACUCACACAGUGUUGGUGGAGUAUAAUGGCGCCGCUGUGCCUGGUACCCCUUUC